AUGGGAUCCUCCGACACCACUGGGUCGCCUACCCGGGUCACAUUUGCAACCCGUAUCCCCGUAACUUCUAGUCUGUUAGGCUCUUGCGCCAUGAGAAUUUUGCCACGAUGGCUCUCUGUGAUUCGCACGCAUUCUAGGACCGGCGGACGCAAGCCCUUGUAUGGCAAGUUACUUUUGCUGUACAGGCAAGCAACGGCCUUUCGGAAUAGUACAAGGGGUGUGAUUUUGUCUCCACAUUGUAUGGUGGCGUGGCGAUGGGCAAGUGAGACCUCCUGA